AUGGCCGAUCAUCUUCCUCAAAUUCAACUCCAGCCCGAGCAGAAAGAAGUCAUGCAAAAUUUCUCAAGACUUCCCCUUGAAGUACGGCGUACUAUCUGGGAAUACGCCGCUGGAGAAGCAAUAAAAGUCUUUUAUGUCAAUGACGCUCAGGAUAAAAGCAUCUUUUUAAGCGAUAGCGAGGUGGGUGGAAUUGUAAGGAAGGAAAAUACUCACAACUGGCCCAAUACAUUCGAGCUCCCACACCUUCGACGUCUGACUACCCUCAAGAAGAAGGAUCUCGUGUUUCCCCUCCUCCAUGUCGACAGAGAGGCCAGGGAAGCGGCAUGGAAAGCGUAUAUCAGUGUGAUAAACGAUCUAGGGUUUCUAGGGCACUUCUUUAAAGUACUUUACACGAGAAGAUAUCGUUUAAGUAAAUCGGCUCGGCGCGACCGGACGGAUAAUCCAUACACAAUGUUCGAGGAUCCAGCCCAGGCGGUGAAAAAUCUAAAAUCUCGCAUGCUGAAAACCCCUGGAAUGGGGUACGACUGGACGAACAAUGGAGCCGUGCAGCUAUUGACUGAUAUUCACGAGACUCUACAAUCCCGCUUGAUGGAACCUCCCGGAUCUUCAUCUUGGAGUCUACAACUCGUGCCGGGGGCUGAAGCGUCCGACCAGAUAGACGAGGAACGAGGCCCUUUCAUUUCCGAUGUGUUGCUUCCACAGCCUAGUCCCGAGCCUAAGUUAUGGGAGCUUAGAAAAGGUGCUUUUGAGCCUACCUUCUUCCAAGGCAUGACGGCGUAUCUGGACAAUUUCGACAUGAAGUAUAUUUUAAGGAAAUCUCUUGUAAUGAUCACAACUCUCCUCGACAUUUCAGAUUAA